AUGAUCAUGAGGCUAGAUGAGGAGAUUCCUGUUGACAGUGAAGUGUCAAUAAAUAAACAAAUCUAUCUAUCUAUCUAUCUAUCUAUCUAUCUAUCUAUCUAUCUAUCUAUCUAUCUAUCAUACCUGGCUCUUUCUUUCCCACUCUCUCAUCGACCUCUCUCUUUCUCUGUCUCUCUAUCUAUUUACCCCAUUCUGUUCAUAUAUAUCUCUCAAUCUCAUUUUUUCAUAUCUAUCUAUCUAUCUAUCUAUGCGUUUUCAUAUGUAUCUGGAUAUCUAUCUAUGCAUUUCUAUAUCUAUGCUUUUCUCCCUUUUUCCCCGUUUCAGUUGUUCACGGUGCUUUAUCAUGUUUUCUUCUCUAUUCAUACAUUCAAAUCUUUCACCCUCGUCUCACAAUUCUUUUUUUUCAUUCCAUUACUUCUAUCUUUUUCUCUUCUUUCUCUCACUUUUCCAUAA